UGCUCUCCCGGAAGCCCCGGCGGAGCGUGUGCAUGGCGCUCGAGGGCGGCCCGUCGCAGGCUGUCUCCACGGCGGCCGCGCUCUUCACCUGGGGUGCAAAUAGCUACGGGCAACUUGGCCUUGGGCAUAAGGAAGAUGUGUUUAUGCCCCAGCGACUGAGUGACUUCUGUAGACCUGGGUGUAUCAGGAGUGUCACAGGAGGAGGGGGCCAUUCCGCAGCUGUCACAGAUGGAGGAGGUCUUUUUGUUUGUGGCCUGAAUAAAGAUGGGCAGCUGGGGCUUGGUCACACAGAGGAAGUGCUGUGUUUUACCAUCUGCAAGCCUCUCGUUGCUUGUCCCAUCCGACAGGUGGCCUGUGGCUGGGAUUUCACCAUCAUGCUCACAGAAAAAGGUCAAGUUCUGUCAUGUGGAUCCAACGCCUUUGGCCAGUUAGGUGUCCCGCACGGCCCUCGCAAGUGUGUGGUUCCCCGGGCCAUUGAGUGCCUGAGAGAGGAAGUUGCCUGUGUCGCCGCCGGGCUGAGGCACGCGUUAGCCACCACAGUGAGUGGCAGCGUGUUCCAGUGGGGGACUGGCUUGGCAUCUUCUGGACAACGCUUGUGUCCUGGGAAGACUCUCCCGCUGUUUUUGACAGCAAAGGAACCCAGCAGAGUGACAGGCCUAGAGAACUCUAGAGCAGUGUGUGCUGUUGCCGGAUCUGCCCACUCAGCUUCAUUAACAGAUACAGGCGAGCUGUACGUCUGGGGCAGUAACAAGCACGGGCAACUGGCUUCCCUGGCUGCGUUCCUCCUUCUACCCCAGAGAAUAGAAGCCCGUUGCUUUCAGGACGAAAAGGUCACUGCUGUGUGGAGUGGCUGGACUCACCUGGUUGCUCAGACAGAAACUGGCAAGGUGUUCACCUGGGGUCGAGCAGACUACGGUCAGCUGGGGAGGAGGUUGGAGUCUCCCGAAGGCCAGAAAUCUGGAGAGCAUGAUGCAUCGCUCGCCUUCUGGAGGCCGCGGAGCAGUGUGCCUUCGCCCCUGCAUUGCCUGACAGGAGCAGCAGAGGUUGCUUGUGGCUCAGAGCACAACUUGGCAGUAAUUAGCGGCAGGUGCUGUUCGUGGGGCUGGAACGAACAUGGCAUGUGUGGGGAUGGCACUGAGGCCAGCGUCUGCACCCCCACUCCCGUGCUCUCACUGUCGGGACUCCUCCUCGUGGGCUGCGGAGCCGGCCACUCCUUCGCUGUGUGUCAGCUGCCAGUGCACCCUGUGCUGUGCCGGGAUCCCCAGGUCACCUCCCCACUCCCAGAUGCCACAGAAAACCCUGAGUCUCGGGACGCCGUGGAUAGAGAGAAACCGGAAGGAGAGACAAUCCGUAACUUCAACCCAAAGCAAUUCUGACAAGACGAGAAACAGUGGACCCUGAGAAAGAACCUGUAAUAAAGUGGCUUGUUCUAACAAAA